CCAUCUGGCAACUCUGGAGUUCCCACGGGAGGGGCCUUGCCUUUCCUGUUAUGACGCAAAUCUAAUUCAGAUUUAAAGGGGAAUUCAGGCAAACUGCAGCAGUACUGCUCUCACCGCUGCAGUGAGUGGACAGUUAACAGCUACAACACAUAAGCGGGCAAGUCGUCACAGUGAAGUUGAUCCGAGUUCACAGUGGUAACCACUUCACUCCCCCCUCGAGACUCCACAACACGCUGGCGUUAUAGGACAUUGUUAUCACCACACCAGCAGUAGCAGUACCACCAGCAGCAUCAAUCUCAGCUGUAGGCAGUGAUAGUCCUGGUCGUCUGUGUGUCUUUUACGUUCAUCUGCGACGCCAUCAGCAUGCGUGCCCUAGUGCUGCUGGCGGCGGCCACCGCCUGUAUGGCGAUGCCAGAACCCCAGAGCUUCCCCGCUUCAAGGGAGUCAGACCAGACUACGCUCGGGGACAAGAUUCAAGAGCUUGGCCUGGAUGUCUCGCUGGAGCUGCAGAAACCAGGCAAUGUGGUUAUAUCGCCCCUCAGUAUUAGCGCCCUCCUCUCCAUCCUCAUGAUGGGAUCCUCGGGCCACACUCACAGGGAGCUUCGGCGUGGUCUCCGCUUCGAAGACACUCACUCCAAGAAUGAUGUCCAUCACAGUUUUCAAAGGUUGAUGGAAGAUCUCUCCAGUGACGGACCUGAUGUUACUCUCAACGUAGCCAACGGCCUCUUUCUGCAGAGAGGCGCGGGCAUCAUAUACGACUUCACCCAAAAGGCUCGCACCCACUACAACAGUGUAGUCACCACGCUCGACUUUCACAACUCUUCUGUGGCGUCCACGAAAACCAUCAACAAUUGGGUGAAUGAAUCCACAAGUGGUAUGAUCCCCAAUCUGUUGACGCAGCCCCUUCAUCCUCUCACCACCUUUGUUGCCGUGAACACCGUCUUCUUCAACGGCAAAUGGCUCACGUCCUUCGACCCCUUGAUGACCGCGGACAGGGAGUUCGAUACUGGCGCAGGAAAAGUUCAGGUGCCCAUUAUGAGCGGCACUUUCACCAUAAACUACAUCAACAUCCCUGAACUGAAGGCCCACAUGGCCGCCUUCCCCUACAAAGGUGGCCGGCAGGCCAUGUACAUCAUUCUGCCCAGAGGUCAGCCUAUAGGCAAUCUGGAGGCACUGGAGCAGGAGCUGUCCGCCGAGAAAAUCAACUCCCUCAUUGCCAAAAUGAGGCCACUGGAGAUGAGGGUGGGACUGCCUCGAAUGCGUCUUUCCUUCAAAUCAAGCCUGCGAGACACGCUCGAGAAACUGCACAUGGGGUCCAUGUUCAAUCCCGCCGCAGCGAAUUUCUCCCGCCUGACGACGCAGCCUGUGUGGGUGGACGAUGUAGUGCACGAGACCGUCAUCGAAGUCACCGAGGAGGGCACCAAGGCUGCUGCUGCUACUGGUGCAGUAUUUACUCGCAGUGGUACCUCUAAUGUCUUUUAUGUCAAUCAGCCAUCGAUCAUCUUCAUCCGGGACGAGGUGUCCGGCGUGCCGCUCUUCUGGGGCAAACUUGUACGGCCCGAGGCCCUUAGGACUUAGUGUCCACAUUACCGCGAAGAACAUGCUUCCUCGUACUGUCGUUUCCAGUACGAUGCAUGAAGAGCCUACACCAACGUCCCCUGUUUGGGGCUCAUGCACCAGGUGAUGGUGAUGGUGGGUCUUUGUCUGUCUGUCAUUUUAUAUCCAUGUUUGUGCUACUCUGUCUGUAUGUAUGUCAGUACUUCUGUCACUGUCUUUCUGUACGCACUAUGUGUGAAUGGCGAUCUUGUCAUAUGUGUAUUUAUAUUGGCCAGUCUGUGUGUCAGAAUGUUCGUCUCUCCAAGUUAUAUAGUUUGUUAUCUGUAAUGAAACAGAAUAUUUAUUAAAAACAUUUGAACGAAA